UGGCAAGACCUGUAUUUUUCGCGCCUUUCAUGCGCCUUUGCAGUUGUCUUGUUUACAACCAUUACAACCACAUUUACAACAUACAAUUACAAUAGGUAUGUUAAAUGGUUUGAUUUCUUAUAUAUAUAAAGUGUAAACAAUUAUAGAACCUAUAGGAAUUAGUUACAUAAAUAUGCCUACGCUCACUGAAGAACAUGACGAUUAUAAGAAAAGCAAAGUAUUCAAUGAAAACAGAUUAAAAAAUAAUUUGAGUGAAAAAAAUCAACAAAAGUUAACAGACAUGUUUGUUCAAAAACGAACACGAAGUCCGGAUUCAGAGAAUGAUUUAGAUACAAUGAAUGAUAAUAUGAAAAAAUUAAAACAGGAGAACCAAUUGACUAAUGAAAUAAAAACACUAAAUGAUAUGGAUAAUGGUAUAACAACUGAAACAAAAAAACAUGAAGAAAGUCACCUUUCAGAACUAUUAAAUAAUGACGUCGGCACUAAAACACACAAAAAAAUAGAUGAAAAUCAAAAUGUUAAUGAAUUAAAUGACAAAAAAAUAGAAACCACAGUACCUGAAGAUACUAUGAUUAAUAAAAAUCUAGAUACAGAGAAAUGCCUCAUUUGUGGACAGUUUCUCAAUAAUUCAGACAUAAUUUAUUAUCAAGGACACCCACAAGAUGCUAUGGAAGAAUUUAUUGCUUUAACAAAUGAAAAAUUACUUUUAGUUGCAGGCGAUGAAGGUGACAUUAUGGAACGCCCACAAACUAACAUAACAGGAUUUUCAAUAUUUGACCAAGAAGGACACUUAGUCCCAAUUGACGGUGGCCUUGUUGAGAGUGACGUUAGGAUUUUUAUGUCGGGUUAUUUGAAAUCCAUCUGCUCUGAUUGCCCAGAAAUUGAUGAGGAAUGCAUACCUGUUAAAGAUGUCGGCCCUAUAAUUGAAUGGUAUAUCCAUGGAUUUGAUGGAGGUAGUCGUAAUUGUAUAACACUUUCCACUGAGUUUGGGGAAUAUAAUUUACUGAAACCAAGUGUGGACUAUACACCUCUGAUGGAUAAUUUGUAUGAGAAAAUUUGGUUGAGUAAAGUGGUGGUAGAAUAUUUAGAAGAAUACCAUUAUCUGCAACCUACAUAUGAAGAUCUAUUAGAAGUUGUUCGAGAGUCUAAAAUACCAGAUCUUAAUGAUAAGUUAAUGUCUGAAGAAAUGCUUCACAAACAUGCUCAGUUUGUCUGUGAUCAAGUUGUUAGCUUAGAAUCAGAUGAAGACAGUGAUCCUCUCAUAACACUCCCAUGUAUGAGAGAAUUAAUAAAACUUAUGGGAAUAAAGUUUGGUAAAAGGAAAAUACGAGCUAAAAUUGAUUAUAAGAAAGUUGAUAAAAAAGCUUGGACUAAAGCUACCACCACACCCUUAGUUCAAAAAACAUUUGAAAGCUUCUUUACGAAUCAACUAGAUAAAACCAACCAUGAACUGGUGUUAAGAAGAAAGAGAUGUGGUGUGUGUGAGGCUUGUCAACUACCUGAUUGUGGUGAGUGCAAUGCUUGUAGAGCUAUGCUUAAGUUUGGGGGUCAUGGCAGGACUAAGAAGGCCUGUGUCAGAAGACUUUGCCCAAAUAUGGCCGUACAGCAGGCUGAAGAUUCAGAACCCGAAGAUGAUGAUGAAUACCAACAGAAUGCAGAAAAAAAUAAAUUUAACAAAAUUGAAGAUGCUUUGCCAGUAAAAUUAACGGGUUCAAACAAUAGGAAUAUUAAAUGGAUUGGGGAACCAGUUAAAGCUGAUGCAACAAAAAUAUAUUACGAACGGGUAGAAAUUGACGGCGCCGAGUUAAAAAUUGGAGAUUUUGUAAUGGUUGAAACAUCGCAGGCGAAUAUACCGGCUUUAGUUUCAAGAGUUAUUUAUAUGUGGAAAGAAAUAAUAAAUCCUAAAUCUGGUUAUUUUCAUGCCGAAGUAUUCAUUAGAUCAUCAGAUACUGUUUUAGGCGAAGUAGGAGAUCCGAGAGAAGUAUUCUUAGCAGAUCGAUGCUGUCAUGGCGCACCAUUAUCGUCUAUCCUCAGAAAAGCUUCAGUAGACAGAAAGGAAUCUCCAGAAGACUGGUUCAAACUUGGUGGAAAAGAGGUAGAACAAGAGUUCUUUGAAGAUGAUGGUAAAACAUAUUUCUAUAAGAAAUUUUAUGAGAGAUUCACGUCUCGAUUUGAAGAUUUACCACCUGAUCCACCCUGUCCAAAUGAAUUGAGAAAACACAGAUAUUGUCCAUCUUGUGAACGUAAGACGAAAAAAGAUGCUAAAGAUAUCCCAAAAGUUAUCGGCAAGCUUGUUGAAAAGUCUGAAUAUGUUAAAGAAGAUAAUAGAUCUGAAUGGACUGUUGUUAAAUGGCAAGAUUUUGAAUAUAAGAAAGGAAAUGGUGUGUUCCUUAAGCCGGGCACAUUUAAACUUCGAAACAAUCUCAAUAUCAAUAGCACAACAAGAAUUAAACUUGAUAAAGUUGAUGAAGAUAUUUAUCCUGAAUACUACAGAAAAAGUGAUAAUAAUUUACGUGGGUCUAAUGUUGAUACGAGUGACCCGUUUUGUAUUGGUCAUAUAGUAGCUGUAACAGCUGCUGGCGAAGGGCCCCUUAUUGUACCACAAGAUAUUUAUAUAAAAGUGAACAUUAUGUAUAGACCCGAAAAUACUACCAAUAGAUUUCCACAACAUGAAGAUUUAAAUGUUGUUUAUUGGAGUGAAGAAAUAAAGGAAGUACCAUUUUCAGCUGUAGUUGGACCAUGCCAUUUGGUGUAUAUUGAGAACAUACCCCAGUCUGAUAACAUAUAUAGCUGGCUAGAACAAGAUCCAAACCGCUUUUACUUUCGAAUGUCAUAUGACAAGAAGUCAAAUGAAAUUAUAGAUGUUCCACAUUACGCGAAGAAUAUAGGCCGCACAGAUAAAGGCAAAGACAAAGGAAAGGGUAAAGGAAAGUCAAGUAAACCCAUUGAACAAAUUUCAAAAGUAAAUGAAGUGAAGGUCAAACCUCUACGGACAUUGGAUGUAUUUGCGGGUUGUGGGGGAUUGUCAGAAGGCUUGCAUAUGUCUGGUGUUGCAGAAUGUAAAUGGGCCAUCGAGAAUGUUGAAGCCGCAGCACAUGCAUACUCUUUGAAUAACAAAAACUGCAUCGUUUUCAAUGAAGACUGCAAUGCUCUGCUCAAAGAUGCCAUGUCGGGUGCAACACAUAGUUCCAGCGGUCUGAGGCUCCCCAUGCAAGGUGAAGUCGAGCUCUUGUGUGGUGGCCCUCCCUGCCAAGGCUUUUCAGGCAUGAAUAGAUUUAAUUCUCGCGAGUAUUCAAAUUUCAAAAACUCGUUAGUGGCCUCGUAUCUCUCGUACUGUGAUUACUACAGACCCAAAUAUUUCAUCUUAGAAAAUGUGAGAAAUUUUGUAGCAUUCAAAAAGGGAAUGGUUUUGAAGUUGACUUUGAGGGCCCUAUUGGAUAUGGGGUAUCAGUGCACGUUCGGAAUCCUACAAGCCGGUAACUACGGGGUGCCUCAAACGAGAAGACGGCUCAUCAUAUUGGCUGCGGCACCCGGGUACAAGCUCCCGCUGUACCCGGAGCCGACGCACGUAUUUAGCCGUCGAGCUUGUUCCCUCACAACCACAAUCGACGGGAAACGAUUCGUAACGAACAUGCAAUGGGAUGAGUCGGCGCCGAGACGCACUUGCACCAUACAAGACGCUAUGAGUGAUCUGCCGCAAAUAUGCAAUGGCGCGAAUAAAAUUGAAAUAGAUUACGGAUCGAUGCCUGAAAGUUAUUUCCAACGGUUAGUGAGAAGUAAAGAUGAAAAUGCAAAAUUGAGGGAUCAUAUAUGCAAAAACAUGGCCCCUCUAAUACAAGCUCGUAUUGCUAGAAUACCGACUACUCCUGGUUCCGAUUGGCGAGAUCUUCCCAAUAUUUCUGUGACAUUGUCCGAUGGAACUAAGUGUAAGGUGCUGCAGUACCGCUACGAGGACAAGAAGAACGGGCGCUCGUCGACGGGCGCGCGGCGCGGCGUGUGCGCGUGCGCGGCGGGCGGCCCGUGCGGCGCGCAGGACAAGCAGGAGCACACGCUCAUCCCCUGGUGCCUGCCGCACACCGCCAACCGGCACAACAACUGGGCCGGCCUCUACGGUCGCAUAUCGUGGGACGGGUACUUCAGCACGACGGUGACGGACCCCGAGCCGAUGGGCAAGCAGGGCCGCGUGCUGCACCCGGCGCAGGGCCGCGUGGUGUCGGUGCGCGAGUGCGCGCGCUCGCAGGGCUUCCGCGACAAGUACCUGUUCGCCGGCUCCGUGCAGGACAAGCAUCGCCAGGUGGGUAAUGCAGUUCCUCCUCCACUAGGAGCGGCCCUAGGAAGAGAAAUAAAAAAAGCUUUAAUAUCAUGAUAUUCAAUUAAUAAAUGUAAUUAUAAUUUAGUAAUAAAUCAUAUUAUUCACA